UUGCUUUCUGUUACAGCGAGGUACGCUAAUCAGUACGCGACUAGCCAAGGAGGCAGUCAAUAUGCUUAUUACCACGAAGAAGAGGAUUCUCAGUUCCAGCUAGUCGAUACGACCAAGGUCCAGAAGACGGCUCAACAGCGUGCCCAUAAAAUCAGACAGCUGCAGUUGGCCAGGAGAUUGCAACAGAGGGAGCGCGAAAAACGCAACCAGGCCAACUACCUAGCGUUUUUCGGCAAGUCUUCGAAAAUGAAGGAAAAGAACUGGCAGAGGCAGCUAAGAAUGUACCAGAAGCAGUAUCGCAAUCGUCAGCGGUACGACCAUCGCGGAGCACCACAAUUGAAAACGCGCCAGCCAUCCGUACAGAUCAAGCCUGACUGGGAGGUCAUCGAAGAAAUCGACUUCGUACGCCUCCUAAAGUUGAACCUGCCGCAAAUCGGCGAUGGAGAAGACAUGUAA